AUGUCUUACAACAAACCUGACCAGCCUCCUCCGUCCUACCCUCCUCCCACCCACGACGCCGGUCCCUACCACCAAGGCGCAUCGCAAGACUACUACAACCAGGGCGGUUACCCUCAACAAGGUUACAACCAGGGAUAUCCGCCCCAGGGCUACGGUCCUCCGCCGCAGCAAGGAUACUAUGGUUCUCCUCCGCCUCAAGGCCAGCCGAUGUACUAUCCCCCGCCGCAGCAGCAACAAGGUUACUAUGCCGGACAGGACCGGGGCGGAUCCUCCGGGGGUGGUAUCUGCGCGGGUAUAAUGGCCGCAUUGGCCUGCUGUUGCUGCUUGGAUAUCCUGUUCUGA